CUCGUCAACUUCCGCCUGAUUCUGUCAUGCACGUCACGUGAUCAGAUACUUUGUAAAGGCGGGUCGCCUCGUAAACAGUAUCAUACUGUAGGACCGACGAUGGGGUCUUUAUUUAUUCUUACGGUUUCAGUCGUGUUGGGCGCCAUCACCGUGAUCCUAUCGCAACAACAGCCGCCGGCAAGGCAGUGUAUGCAGGACUUCGACAAGAACCUCAGUUCGCGGUGCUUCGAAAAUGUCGGGCUCAACUUCCAGGGGGUGCUCUUCCUCAUCACCCAAAACGUGACGGGCAGUCUUCCGGCGGGCGAGUCCGUCGCCUCGUACAGACAGAAAGUCUGCCCUCCUCAGCAGAUUGAUUCUAUUGUGCCCUGCGUCCUCAAGUUUGCGUUUGGAUUUCGGAACAAGUCGUGUUCGGCCCAGGAGAUGGAGAUGAUCGGAACUAGCGGAAGACAACUUGCCGGAAUGCUCGAGAACAUGUGCACGGAACCAUGUGCACGAGCUGCCAUCCAGAGUGCCGAGCAGUGUUUCGUGUCGGCCAGAGUGGACCCACAGCAAGUCUUGAACACGACGAUGAUACGCGACAAGUUCACGUUCAUUGGGCUUACCCAGCAAGCCUCCGCGCAGUUCUGCAAUGCUCGAUCCCAGGUUUUCACGUGUUUGAAGCAAGUCAUGCAGCCGUGCCCUGCGGCUCGGAAAAGCCUCAACGAAAUGGGCUUUGAUGUCCUCGCCAUGGAGAAGUCAGCCGAAUUGCUUUGUAAUAACCAACAAGCGUACACGGGUGCUGUGCAGUGUUUUGCGCAGCCGUCCCCGCAAAUCUCCGCGUGUCGUAACCAGACGAACCAAGGGCUGCGUCAGAUGUUGUUCUUCAGAUACAGUAGCGGCGAGGUCAAACCGUCCGAGUUCAUCCUCCGACUCUGUGGUCUUCGUCUGAACCAAGUAGACUGCGAACUGCGCGCGUUCCGCCAAACAUGCGCCCAGACGGCAACGUUGAGGAAUCAACUGGAGUGUACCAUUCUACCGGAACCGUGCAGAACGAACCCCCUGUUCCGGUCUGGACUGGCCCAACUCUGCCCUAGUGGUCGCCCCACAGGUACGACAAACGUACCCGCCAACCAGCAGACACCACGCCCAUCUGGAAAACCCCCCUCUCAGAACACAAACACAAACCAGCCCCCGAACUCCGGUACGGGAUCGGCGUCGGGGUCGGGGUCGGGGUCGGGAUCGGGAACAAACGGAAAAGACCGACUGUACUCGUCAUCAGCGCUUCUGUUUGUUCUGGCGUUUACAACACGGUUCUUGUAAACAUCUGACGGUUGGGGGUGGGGGAGACUGGAAUAAUUAUUUUGUUAAGUAAGGUGCACACAUCUGUGUGUAUGGCUUGUUGAAAAAUAAGAAGCGUAUUUUCCAUCGUAACUCUUAUUAUAAGAAGGGUGUUGGAGUGGGGUAUUCGUAAGCUUUUCGCGGUUUGGUUGGGUUUUUUUGUUUUUUUUUGGGGGGGGGUACGGAGUUUUGGGGGGUAUUUAGUGGGAGGGUUUUUUCUGUGUGGGGGUUGAGUUUCAUUAGGGGGAAUGUUGGGAGGUUUUUGGGUUAUUUUUAUUUUAUAAUGUGGUUUCGUUUUUUGGGGGGGUUGGUUUUGCUUAUGUUUUUUUGGGGGGUCUUUUUUUUGUUGUUGUUGAUGUGGAUCUCUUGGGGUUAGGGGUCUUUUCUUUCCCUUUUUUAUGGGAGUUUAAGCCCUAGUUACUACAUGUUAUACAAAUGCAGAUAUAUAAAUACCUUCUUUUUUUAAUAUAAUAUAUAUUAUUACUAUUUUAUUUCGUUAAAUUUACCCGUAGGUCCAGAACACAUUGAAAACAAAGGAUUGUUAAAUCAAACGACUGAGAAACGUGGAUUUAUUUAUUUAUUUAUUUAUUUAUUUAUUAGUAUUUUACUGUUUUAAAAGAAAUGUUAUAAUAUAAAGAGCUUCGAAUGUUAGAAACUGUAAUUAGGGGCAGACAAAGGGUUUCGUGAAGGGGGGUGGGGCAGGAUAUAAUAUCCUGAUGGGGACACAUUGGCACCAAAUAUGAGCUAAGGGCAGUCCUAAAAUAUGGGUUGGUGUCGGGUAUUCGACCCCUUAAAAACGGCCCAUGCGAAUCCAUAUUCUUCAUGGUACAUAUUCUGUCUCUGCUUUAUGAUAGUGAACUAUAUUUUUAGAUAAUGAUGUUUUCCUAUAUUUUGGCAAUUGCAUUUUCGAUUCUUCUUCACUUUAUUAGAAUUGUACAGUAAUAUAGUAAAGCAGCCAGUUCAGUACUUUAUGAUAUUUAUUAUAUAAAUAUACUCUGAGAAUAAAAAUAUUGUAUAUCAUGUUUUCACAACAUAAAAACCCAUCAAAACUAUUAAAAAAUAAUAAUAAUAAUAAAAAAAACAAAAAACAAAACAUAUAAAAACAAGAUUAUAGAUUUAAAAUGUUAAAUUAUGUGAUGUUGUAUUAGAUGUUUUAGUUAGUGUAUGAUGCAUAGGAAUAAAUUUUGAGUAGCUAUUUCAAACGAAAAGUUUUCUUUGCAAAUAAAAGUUUGCAUGCGAUUGGAGUUAUCCCACUUUGUUUUCGUGAUAUUAGUUAUUAAUAUGUACCUUAUUUUUUGUAUUUAUAACUUUAUAUUCAAUUAACGCCAUUUUGCUUUCAUGACAUUGGUGAUUAAGAUAUUUUACCUCAUGUUUGGUAUUUAUAACUUUAUAUUCAGCUAUUACCAACUGCAGUAGUUAAGCUUUCUAGUAAUAUAUAAAAGGUGAAAUGUGAUUGGUCAAUGAUUCCAAUGACUAUUUUGAAUGAAAGGUCACGUGGCCAACGGACAAUGUUUUCAGAUCUACUGAUUCACCAAUAUGAAUGGUCUGAAGUCGGUAAGAUUAAUAAUUAUUAUAUUAUGGUACAUGGGAUCACAAAUCCCAUAGCCCGACGCCCGUGCCAAGUGGAACUUUUAUGUUGGGCAAGUAAUUAUGUUAACUGCAUAUGCCCGAUAACAAGUGACUAAUGUAACACCUAAAACUUAUAAUAUUUUUAACAAUCAGCUGUAUUCUCAGGCGAUUGCUCAUCCAAGAACAAAAUGUAGGGCCGUAUCUAGAUUAAGAUAAGGGGGGGGGGGGGGGGUGUCAGAGUAAUACAUGUAUAUUUUUUUCUCUCCAGUAUUUUACACUGCCUAAAAACUUUAUCAGGCGCGUGUGCAGGAGUUUUAGUACCUGCACACGAACCUGUAGAUUCGUGGGAAUGAAUCUGACAGGGGUGAGGGUGGGGGCAAGGGCGGACUUUCGUUUAAAAGCGAGUAGAAGGAUGGUGUCUAGGUAGUCUCGGGGUCAUGAUCCCCCGUUAAAAAUAAUUUAAUUUAUCUUUUUGAUGUUAUACAAAUUCAGUUUCUUGCUUUCUCAGCAUCUGGAGCCAAAAAAAAAAAAAAAAAAUGUUAAAAUUAAACUGAUUAUGUUGGAAAUAAAACAGGGGUGAGCACUCUUUUGACCCUCCCGUCCUCUACGGACCUGAAAUGCUAAUAUAUACUCCCCCAAAAAAGUUAAGCAAUUCAUGAUGGACAUGAUACAUAUUUUUUUAAUAUUGAGAUAGAUGUACGGUGUUUUUUUUAUGCUAUUGACAUUUUGGUGUGUUUUUGGCACAGACAUGUGUAUAUGAUGUAUUGUUUAUUUUGUUAAAAUAGGACUUGGCCAACAUUCAGUUGGAAAGAUGAUUUAUGAAGAAAGUAAAACCAUUAAGUUGCUUCAUUUUUUGUGUGGAGUAUAUAACAAAUGCAUUGAUUAGUAAUGUAAUAAAUGUAUGUAAAAUAUA